AUGGGUGCCUACAAAUACUUGGAAGAAUUGCAAAGAAAGAAGCAAUCCGAUGUUAUGAGAUUCCUUUACAGGGUCAGAUGCUGGGAGUACAGACAAAAGAACGUCAUCCACAGAGCCCCAAGACCUUCGAGACCAGACAAGGCCAGAAGAUUGGGCUACAAGGCUAAGCAAGGUUUUGUCAUCUACAGAAUCAGAGUCAGAAGAGGUGGCAGAAAGAGACCUGUUCCAAAAGGUGCUACUUACGGAAAGCCAACCAACCAAGGUGUCAACCACUUGAAAUACCAAAGAUCAUUGAGAUCCACUGCUGAGGAAAGAGUUGGCAGAAGAGCUGCUAACUUGAGAGUCUUGAACUCGUACUGGGUCAACCAAGACUCCACCUACAAGUACUACGAGGUCAUUUUAGUUGACCCUCAACACAAGGCCAUCAGAACCGACCCAAGAUACCAAUGGAUCGCCAACGCUGUCCACAAACACAGAGAGUCUAGAGGUCUUACUUCUGCUGGUAAGAAAUCUAGAGGUAUCAACAAGGGCCACUUGUACAACAAGACCAGAGCCGGUAGAAGACACACCUGGAAGAAGCACAACACUUUGUCCUUGUGGAGAUACAGAAAGUAA